GGGGCUUCUCUAUGGCUACAGAAUACAAGGGCAAAUAGCUCCCCAAAAUCCCCCAGAGCCAGGCUAUGGUGUUUCCCCCUCCACUGUGGCUCAUGGAAAGAAGAUGGGAGGAGAGAUUCCAUUUUAAAGCAGAUGAUUUUAGCUGAAGGGAAGGCUCCAUCCUUCUUACUGCACAUGCAAACAAACAAACAAAAAUGUAAUCAGAGCAGCUCACAAGCUGAGCAUCCUGCCAGCGCUAGCUCCUUGCACUGGCGGCUGCUGACUUUGGCUUUUCUCCUUCCCCCCUUUUUGCUUUCUUCAAGAUUAAUCCUUUUAUUUGCAAUCUCAACCGCUGACAAUUCUUGUCAAUAAAUGAGGAAGCAUCAUGCUGACCAGUAUCGCCGAUGGGAUCAUGUGUUGCCUGAUGGGCAAGACAACCAACGCGGUGGGGCCUGUGGACAGCGUUGAGUCCAGCGACGGCUACAGCUUCCUGGAGGUGAAGCCCGGGAGGGUCCUGCGGGUGAAACACACCCUGCCCACCUGCCGGCCCAAGGAGGGGCCCGAGGGGGGGCCUGAGCGGGGCGUGGUGCACUGUAAGCGCAAGAUCACCCUCUACCGCAACGGGCAGCUGGUGAUCGAGAACCUGGGCGAUGCUAUCCGCUCCGAGCUCUUGCACUGCCAGAACGGCCCCGGGGAGCCCCAGAGCACCAUGGAACUGGAGCUCUCGGAUGUUGCCGGCAAUGCCUCCACCCAGGGCACCGCCGCCAACCCGGGCUCCGGCGCCCAGCAGGCUCCAGCGCCCGGCAAGCGCCGGAAGCGCAAGCCCAAGAAGGUCGUCAACAUCGACUGCAAGAAGCAGAUCAGCAGCUGCAAGGGGACGCAGAGCGACGUGGUGCUGUUCUUCAUCCACGGCGUGGGCGGCUCCCUGGACAUCUGGAAGGAGCAGCUGGACUUCUUCAGCAAGCUGGGCUACGAGGUGGUGGCCCCGGACCUGGCCGGACAUGGCUCUAGCUCCGCCCCGCAGAUCGCGGCCGCCUACACCUUCUACGCCCUGGCCGAAGACAUGAGGGCCGUCUUCAAGCGCUAUGCAAAGAAGAGGAACAUCCUGAUAGGCCACUCGUAUGGGGUUUCCUUCUGCACCUUCCUAGCCCACGAGUACCCGGACCUGGUCCACAAGGUGAUCAUGAUCAACGGGGGCGGCCCCACCGCGCUGGAGCCCAGCCUGUGCUCCAUUUUCAACAUGCCAACCUGCAUCCUUCACUGCCUGUCCCCCUGCCUGGCCUGGAGCUUCCUCAAGGCUGGCUUCGCUCGCCAGGGUGCCAAAGAGAAGCAGCUGCUCAAGGAAGGCAACGCCUUCAACGUCUCCUCCUUCGUCCUGCGGGCCAUGAUGAGCGGCCAGUACUGGCCGGAGGGCGACGAGGUCUAUCACGCCGAGCUCACCGUGCCGGUGCUGCUGGUGCACGGCAUGCAUGACAAGUUUGUGCCAGUGGAGGAGGAUCAGCGGAUGGCCGAGAUCCUGCUGCUCGCGUUCCUGAAGGUGAUUGACGAGGGCAGUCACAUGGUGAUGAUGGAGUGUCCGGAGACGGUGAACACCCUGCUCCACGAGUUCCUCCUGUGGGAGCCUGAGACGCCCGCCGGGGAAGGGCGAGAAGUGGAGAAGAAAUAAGCCAGGCAGCAAGUGGUGACCCGGCUGCGGUGCUGCUUUGACGGGAGGGACUUUUCGACGUGGAGAGAGAUGGGGUCUGAGUGCAGGCGCAGAGGGGGUGUGGUGGAAAGCCUCCCCCCCCACGUAUGGAGCUGUUUCCUUCCCUGGGUACAGCUGUAUUGGAAGCUGGGCUGGCUGGCGGCUAAGCACAGUGGCUUCAAGGGGAGCGUCUUUGCAGGGCUGGCGUGUGCAGGCUGGCAGCAGGAGUAGGGGCGCACUCCCUGGGAGGGCACAGCCACUGCUGGAGCAUCUUCAUCCUGUUUCCUUGUAGUAUAAUUUCUCUCAUGCAAUGGCCCCAUUUGGGGCAGGGGGUGGAGAAGCGAGACUAUGGGGAGGGGCUCAGACCUGUUCCUCUAGGUACAGCCCGAGGGGCAUCCCACCCCCCAUUCACCAAAGGGGGAGCCAAGAAAUGAGGAUGGCUCUGCCCCCUGGACAAAGCCACAAGGGGCAGCAUCUUCCCAGGAGCUCUUAGCAACUAGAUCCCCCCUUUGCUUCGGCUGAACGUGUGCCAGCCCCGGGCAGCUGGAGCCCCUGGCCGGAGGGCCAGUGGUGGGCUUGACCCUGCCUGACACAGGGUACCUGCCCCGAGGAGCUCACAGCCUAAAGGGCGUGCGGCUUUUGUCCCGGCGAGAAGAGGCAGAGAAGUGAGGACUGGUCACCGCACAUCCGGCUGGUAGCAGAGCAUGGCAGGAUAGUGACUGGUGGGGCCAGACUCUGAAGAGCAGCCUGAGAGCCUGGCUCUGGCAUGGAGGGACAGCUCCUGCCCACAGCUAGCUGCCCUGCCUUGGGGCGGGGCCCCUAGAUCUGCUU